AUGUUUCACUAUAAACUCUAUUACUUUGACGUGCGUGGCUCGGCGGAACCAAUUCGAAUGCUUUUCGCGUUGGCUGGCGAGAAAUUUGAGGACUAUCGAGUGAAUGAUGAGGAGUGGACAACGAUGAAAGCGAAAAUGCCAAAUGGGCGAAUGCCUGUGCUGGAAAUCAAUGGCUUGCAAAUCGCUCAAUCGGCCUCCAUUCUGAGAUAUCUUGCCGAGAAAUUUGGAUACACCGGGAAAACCUUGAUCGAAAAAGCGCAAGUUGACGCGUGUUACGAGGAGUUUCGAGAUUUUCGCUACGAAAUCCACCGCUUUAUCACCGUUCUUCGCGGAAAGCGACCGGGAGAUGUGAAAGAGGCUUAUUUGAAGUGGUAUGUACCAGCAAAGAAGCGUUUGUUCAACUUCCUGGAAAUAAUGCUGAGGAAAAAUGGAACUGGAUUCUUGGUUGGUGAUUCGGUCACUUAUGCUGAUUUGGUGAUUGCUGAGUAUAUGAAUGUCCUUUUCCGAGAGCGGCCGAAUGAAUUGGAUGCGUUUCCGGAGGUU